AUGUCUGCUACUAGUCACAAUAAUGAGGUCAUUCUCUACGCCACGGCUGAAGUCGGAAAGGCCAUGUAUGGCAUGAAAUAUGCCAUUGUCGGAGGAGCAGCAUGCGCUGCUCUUGGCUCUGAGCGUUUCACCGAGGAUAUUGACCUCGUUGUCCCUCGAGGCGAGACAAUAGCUGCACGGCGCCGACUACAGCCAAAUCCGCGCAUCACCAUAGACCCGCGCACGCGUCGCACGUUUUUCGAUAGCAGCGUUCCAAUUGAAAUCCUCGUCCCGCCCGCGAUGUUCAAGGGCGAGUUUACCGAUGAGACGCCGGUCAUCGAGAUUGGCGGAGCGAGCAUACUCAAACCGACAUUGUUGCUCAAUUCCAAAUGCGGAAGCAUUUGGCAGCGGGCCGAGGAGAAUAAGAAAGCUACCGACGCGUACGAUAUCAAAUUCCUGCUGGGCUGGCUGGCAGAUGCGGACUGCCUGCUCUUGGCCGGAUCCCAGGCUCGAGCGGAGGUACCGAAUGCCACCCGAGACUUUGUUGCCGCAUUCACGAGCAAAUUCGGCGACGCGGAGAUUUGGGUCAGAGCAGGACUCGUAUUCGACGAAGAAGAGGCCACACAGUAA